AGCUUCCAAAAAAUUGAGUGCUAAACCAUGACGAAUUUCCUGUUACUCUCAGCUGCUGCAAGAAGGCUUGAAGGUAAGGUAGCAGUGAUCACCGGUGGAGCCAGUGGCAUCGGAGAAUCCACCGCCAGACUCUUCUCCAGACAUGGCGCUAAAGUCGUGAUUGCCGACGUGCAAGACGACUUGGGCCAAUCCGUUUGCAGAGACCUAAACCCUUCGUCCACCACCUUCAUCCAUUGUGACGUGACAAAUGAAAAAGACGUCGAAAAUGCUGUGAACACGGCCACCACCAAGUAUGGAAAGCUAGACAUUAUGUUCAACAAUGCUGGCAUCAGUGGCGUGGUCAACCCAAACAUCCUCGUUAACAACAAGGCCGAUUUCGAGCAGGUCCUCAAAGUGAACUUGGUUGGUGUCUUCCUGGGGAUCAAGCAUGCGGCUCGGGUGAUGAUGGGAGCUAGAAAAGGGACUAUUAUCAACACUGCUAGCGUUUGCUCGAUCAUAGGGGGUGGCGCGUCGCAUGCGUACACGAGUUCGAAGCAUGGAGUCGAGGGGCUCACGAAGAACACAGCGGUGGAGCUCGGAAAGUACGGAAUACGUGUGAAUUGUGUGUCACCGUAUUUGGUGGAGACGUCAAUGACUAAGAAAUUCUUUAAGUUUGAUGAUGAAGGAGUGGGUGGUGCUUACUCCAACCUUAAUGGGGUGGUGCUGAAGGCGGAAGAUGUGGCAGAGGCUGUUCUAUACUUGGGGAGUGAUGAGUCCAAGUAUGUUAGUGGGCAUAAUUUGAUAGUAGAUGGAGGCUACACUAUUACCAACUCAGGGUUCUGUAUCUUUGAGCAAUCUUAAUUCAGUGUGAAUGUUCCUAGUCCAAGUUCAUGGGACAAUUAAAGAAUGGACAUACAUGCUUGGAUAUGAUGCUUAAAGUAUGACUGAAUCUCAAAUAAAAGAUUAAUAAUAAAGAGGAUUAAAAAUAAUAACAAAGUUUACAAAUCGAGCUCG